AUGGAUCGUCUGCAAGACAAAUUAUCUCAGUCCUUCCCUUCCGACCUCAAUUCUAUAGCGGGAGACCCCAAGGAUACCUCGCACGUACGGGUUGAGAAUUGUGUUGGAUUUGUGAAGGUACCGCUAGGGAUUGCUGGUCCAUUGCAAGUUACCGGACCUGACCGUCAGCUUGGGCUUGUUUUCGCUCCUCUGGCAACCACCGAGGCUGCCCUGGUAGCAAGUUGCUCCCGGGGAUGUAAAGCAUUUAACCUUUGUGGUGGUCUCCAGUUUGAUAUUCUCGGUGACGGCAUGUCUCGCGCUCCUGUAUUAGGUUUUGAGUCUCCGAAGGAGGCUAUCGCUUUUGCAAGGUCUGUUCCUGACAUCCAGGAACAGUUCGCCAAAGUAGCCGAGUCGACAAGCCGGCAUCUACGUCUUCAGAAAAUGACUCCGCAUAUCAUCGGCUCAACUGUGCACUUGUUCAUCAGUUAUCAUUGCGGCGAUGCUACUGGUCAAAAUAUGGUCACUAUUGCAACACAGAAAGCUUGUGAUGAGCUGGUGGAGUCUUUGCGAGGAGGAAAGCACCAAGUGAAGCAUACUAUGAUUGAAGGUCAACUGGCGUCGGAUAAAAAAGCAAGCUGGGGCAACGUGAAAGGUCGCAGGGGAGUCGAAGUACUUGUGUGGGGUUGUCUCUCGAACGAAGUUUGUGAAAGCGUCCUCGGGUGCACUUCACACGGAUUGUACAUUCUGUGCAAAACGCUGAAGGAGGGGGGCAUUCGAAACGGACAAUUUGGAGAUAAUAUCAAUACCGCAAAUAUUAUCGCAGCAAUGUUUGUUGCCACUGGCCAGGACGCUGGAAGUAUUGCCGAGGCAAGUUGGACUCACCUUGUUCCUGAGUACGACCACGCAACAAAAGAUCUCAAAAUAUCAUUAUAUUGCCCUUCAUUGCCAGUGGGGGUCGUUGGAGGAGGCACAGGAUAUGAAUCCCAAAGGGAGUGCCUGAAAUUGUUGGAUUGUGUCGGAUCUGGCAAGAAACAGCAGUUGGCGGGGCUGAUUGCGUCGUUCGCCCUUGCAUUGGACAUCAGCACAGCCGCCGCUCUUGCGAACAACACUUUCUCAGAGAGUCACCAUAGACUUGCGCGGGGAGUCAAGUCUCUGCCUCGAUCAAGGCUUUGA